GCGCCGACUCCGACACACCGAAAGGAUCGACCCACACCGAUCGCCCCCCGCGCCCCACUCACCCGCUGCACCGGGCGCAUCAAGUGGCCGCGGACGAGAAGGUCACACUGCAGCGGAGAGUAACUGUAGCCGACGGUCCGGAAAGUCCAGGCAGUAGCGAGGACGGCCAGCUGGUGGUGACGCGGAGCUACUCGCCCCGCCUGAGCUACGCGAGCCGCGGCGGAGGAAAAGACGAACACCAGGACGACGAAGAUCUCGAGCAGCACCCUGAGGGCGACGGGCAGGAUGGCGAGGCCCUGCAGCAGCAACCCGAGGAUGGCGGUCAGGAAGGCGGCAGUGGGGAAGAGGGGGAGGCCGACGACAAAAGCGGCCCAGAGGAGCUUGAGGACCGAGUGCAGCGGAAGCCGAGGAACCGAUUGGUCACAGGGCAUGUUCAGGGCGGAAAACCAACAUUCAAGUGCGAUGAGUGCCAGAAAUGUUUUUCAAAGAAAAUCACUCUAGUUAGGCACAUCAAGACACACACUGGUGAAAGGCCUUAUGAAUGUGACCUUUGCCAUAGACGGUUCAGUAUUAAAGAUCAUCUCGUGAAACACGUCAGAAUCCACACUGGUGAGAGACCAUAUGAAUGUGACAUUUGUCACAAGCGGUUUCGUGAUCAAAGUGAUCUUGUCAGGCAUGUUAGAAUCCACACUGGCGAGAAACCGUAUGAAUGUGACAUUUGUAAUAAGAGUUUUAGCCUGAAACAUGUUCUUGAUAUUCACGUCAGGACCCACACUG